GUUUAUUUCCUCUUAUGAGCCAUGCUGCCAUGAAUAUACGUCCAGCAUUGUUGACCAUAUACGAGACCCAUUUCGUUCCAUUAGGAGAUCGGCUAAGGCCGGCUUUAAGUGGAUUUCUUAGUGGGAUUCUUCCGGGGUUGGAUACAGGAACCGACCACUUUGAUAGAACUAACAAAUUAUUAGAAGACGUUUGUGAUGGGGUGGGACCGCCCUAUUUCUAUACCUGCAUAUGGCAAUGUGUGGCAAAUAACAGUCCUGUAAGAUUGCCGGCGGUUACCUACGUUUUCGCUCAUUAUAGUCGAAAGUUGCCCAUGGAGGACCAACUCUAUUUAAUGGGACAUGAUAUUGGAUUAAUGGUGUCAGGUUUAUGUGCAGCAGUUCAAGAUUCGAGCGUGCUGGUACAAAGGUCCGCUUUAGACCUGCUGAUGGUGUGUUUUCCCAUGCAAAACAAGCAACUUCUUUACGCUGACAUGGUGCGUUUAGUCACCGCAGCCCUGUCCACAAUACUAAGAAGGGACAUGUCCCUAAAUAGACGCCUGUAUUCGUGGCUUCUCCAAAUCGAAUCACAAAACAUUCCUCUACUCCAAAUCGAUGGUGAACAAGCAGAUGAUAUUCCUACAGCCCAAACGCAUCCCAUCGCUUACGACUUACUCAAUGACGCAAUUAAAGAUAUCCUGAAAAAGACCAGCACCAAAGUACCAAUUGAAGUAAAAUCUUAUCGUCUAUUGACGUCGUUGUUCGAAAAACCGCAAAUUGGGCCAGUUAUUCUUGAUGGCAUCCUGUACGAUGUGUUUCGCACUUUGUAUUUGUCUUGUUUGAACAUGCAGAAGCAUCGGAAUCAAACGGGACGGUGUGUAUCGUUUAAUGGGGAUUUGAAAAGUCUCAAAGCGUAUGAUAUUGACUUGAAUAAGCAAUUUGUCAGCAAGAACUGCCAGGAGUUGGUGAAAAAUGCCAAUUUACUGUUCAACACCCUGCAAAGCUACUACUUAUGGUCCUACAUCGAGAAGCUCUAUGAAGAAGCAGUCGCGAAUAUAAAGCGCUACAAAUACAGAGACCGUUGCCAAGUGAAUGAUAUAGGAAGUGGAACACCUUAUAUUCUGGAAUUGUGCAUUCUCACCGAUUUUCUCUUGGACAUAAUCCCGAUAGAGUCGUAUGCGGACAGCACUUCAAGCAUUCUCCCAAAUCUGUUCAAUAAAAUUAUCAAAUCACUCAAUGCACAUGUGGGGGAAUUGAAUCACCAUGAAAUCUUCAAAAGCUUGGAAUUGUGCACGAAAAUUCUCGCGAAAAUUCAACCGACUACGAUGACCCAAAUUCAAAAGCAAAUAGAGGAAGAACGAAUUGCAGCUGAAUUAUUAGAAAAAUCUGCCUUAAAUCAAGGCAAAUGUGAAGAUGGGGAACCGAGAACAAUUGAGAAGAGCAAAUCGGACUCAAAGAUUAGCGAAAACCUAAACGGAUUCGCUGAUAAGCACGAGCUGACUGUGGAUGACUUGGCUAGAGAAAGGUCUUACAGCAACCAAUUUUCAAAGAAAAAAGACAAAUCCAGUCCCAAGAUAGAAAAAAAGUCAAAAAAUAAAAAAUCCAAAUCCAGCUCUAAAUUAUACGAGCUUAAGAACGACGACAAUGACCAGUCAAUAAGCUCGACCUCUGAAGUUGAAAUGCCCGAAACGUCGUCCAAAGAAAAUACGCCUCCUGCCCUAUCAGUGACAACAAAAUACGAGAACAAGCACUUUUUAAACUGUUUAGAGCAGUACAAGAAGUUCUUUGUCUCCUUUAUCAAGUGCAAGAUCUUGCCUGCUACAGUAAUUACAGAUUUUUUCGCAUCCCUCGUUUACGACAAGCAACAAAGGAGCAAAGACUUGCAAUUAUUACUAGAUCAGCGGCUUUCCAACGAAAAGCACCAAUUUACACCAGUGGACUACUCGAUGAAAAUUCAAAGCGAUUUAAAAGUUCCCAACAUCAGUUCGGACGAAAAUUCGAAUUAUGAACCUUCUAUGAGCAUAGCGGCUAAUAUUCUUUUGGAGUUUUGCACCUUUCCCAAUCUCCUGACCGAUUCGAACGAGAAGAAAAUUCACAGUUGGCUUGAAGCUCUGAUUGUGGUGGCCUGUUGCAAGGAAGCUUCCCGGGAAAUUCAGCUCACUGCCAUGAAUACACUCUUAGAAAUAUGCAGUCUAUCGAAGAAUCAAAAUUAUUUGAAACUGUACGAAAGUGAGAAAAAAAUUAUUAUAACUGGGAUUUUGGAGUAUGGGCAUGUCUAUUAUGUCGAGGAGAAUACGUUGAGCAUUGAGGAAAUGUCCAGAAUAUUGUGGACCCUUCUGGGGACAGUUAAAAACCAGAAGCAGCUAAUGGUUUGUGUGACCCUCCUAUACCAAAUCCAUAAUACGUUCGAUAACAAGCUUUUCGUUGAGAAUGUGAUUGGUCAAUGUCUGUCUGAUGAACAUGUGACUGCGUCCUACAUAAAACAGUUUUGUAUGCUGUGGCAUUUGGGUCGAGAUCUUACUAUCAAGCUGCCGCCAACUAAGAGCUGCACCAGAAGUUUCGACAGGUCCUUGUUAAAGCUCCUGGAUAUGUUGCAAUCUAAAGAAAAACCCGCUAUUCAGUUGCUCGCUAACUCCUUUCUAACUCACAGUCUGUUGCAGAGCGACAUUCCACGAAUACUGAAUCCCAUUUUAUUAAAACUGCUCGCUACUAACACAGCAAGGGUUUCAAUUAGACACGUGAACAUCCAGGAUGGAGACGUCCAAAACGAACAGACUGACCAAGACAAUCAGAAAUUGGAAGAAUCUCAAACAAAAAAAAUUUACGCGGUCAGCAACGUUAAUGGCAACGUGAUGUACCAUGUGACCGACAGUCCCAGACCGAAAUCGCCCAAAAAGAAGUGGUUUACUUUCUCGAAAACCGGAAAAAAAUAUGCAUCGGCUAUCAAUAUGGCAACCAUCCUGAUGGAAGACACCAACAGCAUCGUGACCAAGAAAAACAAGAACUUCAAAGAAUACACUGUAUUGCCCGUUUUAGACCCACAGGCGAAAGGAAAUGUUAAGUUAAUCAUCAACCCUCUAAGCGUCAAGGAAAUCUACCCGAUAGGGUUGGAAGGUUCAUAUGCUCGGAAGACUUCGCACAGCUCUUUAGAAAGUUUGUCGAGCAACGACAAUACUAUCAGUAAUGAUGAUUCAAUCGACAGGAAAAUAUACGGGAAAUCAGAAUCAUUGCCGGGUGAUCGUGAUAGUGGCUACGAUUCCUUGAACCAGCAAAGAAAACAGUCGGAAAUCCUCAGCGCUUUAGUGGACAAUGGCAAAAAGGCCCUUCUAGAGAGCAUGGAGCCGAUAUCGAAUGGAAUAAAAACAGUGAAACUGCCAAAAUCCCGAAGUUUUGACGAAAAAAGCAACAUCAAGCCAGACGAAAAUUCUCUGGUUCAAAGUUGGUCGUAUUGCAUCUCGGAUUCAGCUAAUUUACAUGGAGAACUCGAGCUGAGCAAGAGCGCAGAAGAGUUCUUUAGAGGCAAAGAUAAGGAAUAUGCAAUAGUGACGGGAAUUCUUAAUAAAAUUCUGGAUGAUGUAUGCCAGAAAGUAGAUGGCGAUAGUUUGGAUCCUGAUAUUCCACAUUUUUCAAGCAGACCAAGCGACCUGGACUUGAGAAAUAAAAUCAACACGUCCAAUUCAAAAAACUUUGUUUUAUACCCGAUACAUUCGCACAUAUGUUUAUACUAUGAGCUCUUUGAUUCGAAUCAAGUGAUGUAUGCUUUACAUACUCUGAAACAUUGCAUCCUGUGUAACCCGCAGCUUUUCAUUAAAUGCUCAGCCACCAGCGGGAUUAAGAACAUGAAAAAUAAUGACAUUCUCUACCUGUUAGCCAGGCACAGGAAAAGUCUUUUAGGACAAGGGUUUAAUGGCGAAUUGACCACCGAACAUAUCAACUUUUACAGAGGCUACAUGUUCUUGGAUGUCAUUUUAUCGGUGUGUCUGAACUAUGCUCGAACGUUUUUUCCAUUUUUGGACGACUCAAGUCCAAUGCCAGACGAAAUGGAAACCAACAUUAAAAUCCAAUUAGAGGCCUUAGACAUUUUGAACACGAUAGUAAAAAAUCUGAUCACGAUGAUCGAGGAAAACUGCAAUAAAGGAUUUUCUAGUUAUAUUGCUGAUCUGUUGGUCAAGUGUAAAAUACAGAAGACUUUACUGCACUGCUUGCUGACUUCUGUAAGAAAUUUCGACGAAGAUAUGACUUUUGCUGAGGAUAUUUUACUGUUUAAUAACUUUCAACUAUGCAACUCGGAAAACAGAAUGGGAGAACAUGUGGAGGCGUUCCAAAUCCAACUCUUAAGGUUAAUUCAUUCUUUGAUAAUACUGGAACACUCGGUGUUCCCUUCAACAAAACCGACAGAACAGGCAACGCCCGAACCUAGUGGAGGGUCCAUUAAUGGAGAACACCUUAAUUAUACGCCCACUGUUUUGAUACCCAAGCAAGCCAUUUUUCUAUCAGCUAUUUUAAGCGCGCUGAGGAACGAAAAUAUGCGAAGCAUGCAUGAGAAGUGGCUGAAUAUGGUUACUUGUUGUCUGCCAUAUUUCGGAGAUAAUUUGAAGCAAAUUUCCAUUAGUGUGAUUCAUCAGAUUUGCAACAAUAUCGAAGAAAUCGCCACAAACUACAAAAAAACCGAUUUAGAUGACUUUGAAUUAAGCGCCGACUACACAGUGACCCAACUAGAAUCUCUAACGAUUUUGUGCCAUUACUGUCUUUUGGAUGCUUCGCAAACAGUUAACCAAAACGUUCCUGCUUCCACAUCGACUUCCGCUGUCUCAAACCCGGGGGAAAUUCUAAAUAAUUUAGUAAAUGUGUUUUUCUCGCCGUUGAGUUCCGAUAUAAAUUUUUCCGCUAAACAAAACUCGGAUCAUUAUCAGAACGCCCGCAAAACCAUACUGAGUCACAUGCCAAGGAUUAUAUCCAGUGUGGCAAAGUUAUGGCAAACUGUUGUUGCAAUGGAGAUUGAGUUUAAUAGUGUUUAUGGCAACUCAAAGGUGGUAAAACAGCAACUUUUGGAAUUUUUGAGUCCAAUAGCUGUGCAUCAUGGGGCCAGUUUUCUGUCCGCAGUAGCGGUCGCUUGGUAUGAGCGAAGAAACCCAUUUACUAGUGUUAAAGCUGUGUUACCAGAACCUAACGCCGGCCAAAACAACCUAGUAUACCUAAUAUCCGCCAUUAGAGUAAUUCCCUUAGAUAAUUUAGUACAAACUGUGACUGCUGUGAUAAAACACCCUCCUCCUUGUGAAGGUCUUAGUUCCGAUAUUUGCCUAGACGUAUCAAUUUUAGAGUUAUUUUAUUGUUACAUGCGUAAUGCAUCCGCUACCCAACUCUCAGAAGCUUGGAGCUCCUUGUUGGCACUCAUCAGAGAAGUGAACGUUCUGAGUCCAUCUGCGCAGUUCUUAUUAGCAGCCAUCCUGCACGAAAUGAUGAUUAAGUGCUGCCCAUUAGAGGAGAAGAAAGACCAGAAGGAUCUUCAAGAUGUAACAACUAAGCUUAUCGACUGUGUGUCCCAAGUUUGCGGUUCCUGCCUCGAGCAGACCACUUGGCUGCGACGCAAUUUUGCUGUUCGCGAACAGGAUGAAGAUUCCACCCCUGAAAAUAGCAUAACAAACGGAGCUCCUUCGAGUGAUUUAAUUUACAACUCCAGUCAUAGCGUGCAAGCACAAUUAACAUUGUCAGAAAUCUUGGCCCCAAUCCUGGACAUUUGUUUUGGAUCAUCCGAAAAGGACAAAGUGAACAAUAUUCUGGCCUCUUUAAUGUGCAACAUCGUGCCCUAUCUUAAGACACACACAGUCAAGAAUAUGCACAGUUUUAACGCCUGUUCGAAACUUUUAUCCAGUCUAAGCAGCUACCAAUAUACUCGCAAAGCUUGGAAAAAGGACGUAUUUGACUUGCUCCUGGACAAUAGUCUCUUUCAGAUGGAUUAUGCCUGCUUGAAGUACUGGAGGAUAAUUGUAGAUAAUUUGAUGACUCAUGACAAUACGACAUUCAGGGAUUUGAUGAAUCGAGUAUCAAUGACCCAAAGUGGAACUUUGGGAAUAUUCUCUUCAAGGGAACAAGAGUAUGAGCAGAAGGCACAACUUUUGAAAAGACUGGCCUACGUAAUAUUCUGUAGUGAAAUUGACCAAUAUGCCAAGUAUAUGCCUGAAAUUCAAGAACAAUUAACUUCAAGCUUGAGACUGAACGUUCCUGGAAUCCAAGCCCAGGUUUUUAUGUGUUUCCGAGUUAUCCUGAUUCGAAUGAGCCCCAUGCAAGUGACCAGUCUUUGGCCAAUCAUAAUCAGUGAAAUGCUACAAGUAUUCCUACAGAUCGAACAGGAACUUAGUACCGACACCGAAGAAUUCAAGACAAAUAACAGCUCUCACAUCAAAUUGCUGUCUUCAUUGGACGCAAGUUGGACCACCAACAGUAGCAAUGGAUUACAUGCUUUGGGCCAUCCUCAUUGGCUUCGAUUACAACUGGCAACAGGAAAACUUUUGGAUCUAGCACUUCUGUUACCCGCUACCACUUUGCCGCAAUUUCAAAU